CACUACUGUUGGCUCAUGAGAGCAUGCUCACAAGGUUCAGGAAGCCAGAGGCAUUUGUGCAAGCUAAUAUCGCUCAAUUUGGCAGAGGAGGUUUUAAAGGUGGAUUUCGAGGACGAGAAGGACGCAUGUUUAGAGGAGGUAGAGGCUACUUCAAUGGAGGUAGAUCUCUGCAAGAUCCCUCACUACAAGAACAUACAAAUGGUGGAUUUAGUGGCCAGACUACAGGGAAGCAUGGUGGUACAAAUGUGAAUGUAGGGGGAGGAAGAGGAGUAUCAGUGAACACAGGCCAUGGCCAUAAGGGGAAGCCUGUGUAUGUUGGAGUUGGACCAAAUUCUCCAUUUAUUUACCGCUAUGCUGCUUCUGAGACCCAGUUGCAUGAUGACCCCAACGUCGCACUCUUCUUCUUACAAAAGGAUUUGCAUCCCGGAACCAAAUUCAACCUCCACUUUACCAAGACCACCGACGAUGCCGCCGCCUUCUUGCCCCGCCAAGUGGCAGACUCGCUACCCUUUUCAUCCAACAAAGUGGAAGAUGUUUUCAGCAAGCUCUCCGUGGAUCCUCAAUCAGAUGAAGCUAAUGCCAUCAAGAACACCAUCAAGGAAUGUGAGGAGCCAGGGAUUAAAGGCGAAGAGAAGUAUUGUGCAACUUCGUUAGAAUCUAUGGUAGAUUUUAGCACUUCAAAACUUGGAAAAAAUAUUGAUGUAGUGUCCACCGAAAUAAGCAAAGAAACAAAGCUGCAGAGUUAUAACGUUGCACCGGGUGUAAAGAAGAUAAACCAUGAAAACAAAGCUGUUGUGUGCCACAAACAAAAUUACCCUUAUGCUCUGUUUUAUUGCCACAAAACAGAAACUACUAUGGCUUUUAAGGUGCCUUUGGAGGGUGCUGAUGGAAGCAGAGUUAAAGCCGCCGCCGUCUGCCACACCGAUACCUCUGGAUGGAACCCCAAGCAUUUGGCUUUUCAAGUGCUGAAAGUUAAGCCUGGAACACCAGUGUGCCACUUCCUUCCUGAGGAUCAUGUUGUCUGGGUUUCCAAGUAAAUGUGCCAUUUAAUUUGUGUAAGCUUAUGAAUAAUAACUAGUAUCAUAUUACCGGUGUAACAUUUGCUAUAGAACUUGAUUUGAAUGCUUUUUUUUUUUUUUGUGGAAUU